GAGAGGAGACAUUUAGAUAUCGUCGAGUGCCGCUCCAUUGCAGUUUUGAUCAUCAUCAUCAUCAUCAACAAACACCAGCAGCAGCAGCAGCACCCUUCACACAAAAAAAAAGACAAAGUCUCAGAAUAGGGGGGAAAAUUCACCAUUACCUUCCCUUCCCUAACUAAUUCAUCAAAACUUUGACCCAGCGACCCUUCGAAAGUAACCGUUCCACCAUGGCCCUUCCAGGAACAAACUGGAAACCCUUCAACAUCGCCGUAGUAGGCGGCGGAAUCGGCGGCGUAGCAGUCUCCAUCGCUCUACGACGAGCAGGUCACCACGUCACCAUCUACGAACGAGCAGACUAUGCCGGAGAAGUAGGAGCAUCGAUUUCCUGCGCUGCAAACGGCAUGAAAUGGCUGCGGGAAUGGGAUGUGGAUAUUGCCAAAGGUGAUGGAGUUUAUCUUCGCAAACUGAUCAAUCGCGAUUGGAAGACGGGUGAGCCGGUUAGUGUGUAUGAUUUGGGAGAUUAUGAGCAGAAAUGGGGAAAUCCGUACUACAUGUUCCAUCGACAGGAUAUGCACAAAAUGCUCAUGGACACAGCGACGCAAGAGCAAGGAACAGGGACACCUGUCAAAUUGGUAGUGAACCACAAGUGCAUCGAAGUCGACACUUCAACCGGCCUCAUCACAUUCGCCAACGGCUUACAAUUCCAACACGACGUCGUCAUCGGAGCCGACGGCAUCGGGUCCGCAAUUCGGAAAAUCAUAGGCAUCCAUGUCGACAAACGGCCCUCGGAUUCCAGCUGCUUACACGCCAACGUCAUAACCUCCGCCGCCGUAUCCCAAGGCUUCGUAAACUACAGUCUCAACAGCGCCAUCGAAUACUGGGGCGGACAUCACAGCUGGAACAAAAUUGUUUUAUCGCCCUGUAACAGCGGAAGUCUCCUAUCCUACUACUGUUUCUUCCCCCGCGAAAAAGGGGAUUUUACGGAACAGAAAUGGGAUGCGGAAAGUACGGUCGAAGACCUUCUUGCCCCGUAUCCAGAUCUUGAUACACAAGUCAAAAAUCACCUUUCCAUCGGUCAAGAAAUUCGUCCUUGGAGACUCUGGGUCCAUCAACCCUAUUCCCACUGGCAUCAAUCUCGAGCCUGCAUCAUGGGCGAUGCCGCUCACCCGAUGAUGCCCGAUCAAAGUCAAGGAGCAUGUAUGGCUCUCGAAGACUCCGCGGCGCUCGGAUUAAUUUUCUCCAAAGAGUACUUUCCGGGGAGUGUGGAGGGUGCGUUGGAGUUGUAUGAGCGAGUGAGAAAACCUCGAGCAUCGAGAGUUCAAGCGGCUUCGGCGCGGGCGAGAGAGAAUAUUCAUGAGAGAAUUGGGUUUUCGGAUAAUACGAGUAAUCCUUUGUAUAAGGUGGAGGAUGAAGAGGGGAAGUUGACUAUGAAGGAGAUGAAUGGGUAUGAUAUGCGAGAGGAUAUUAGGAGGAAGUGGCCGGGGGAGUGGCCGGAGGGGUUGGGGGGUGUUGGUGGUGGGAGAGAGGAGAAGGGAGAUGAUGGGGUGGCGAUGCAACAAGCGGGGGUGGUUGUUGCUGCGCAUUGAUGGAUUGUCUUCUGAUUUAGUUCUCGGUUGUGGAGCGUUAGGCGCAGUAUGGAGGAUAGAAGCAUACCUGGGUGUUAGAAUACCACUUUCAUUCUUCAACAAUUAAACAAUCCAAAUCACUCUCCUGGAAAGUAAAAUAUUAUAUAUCCCACAUGCAUCAUCAUCAUCAUCACCACUGACUAUCCAGAAGCAAAAGCACAAAACACCACAUAGAACCACCCCUCCAAUCUUCAUCCUCGUCCAAUCUUCAUCCAAAAUUCAAUUCAUCAUCACAUCAUCAUCCUCUCCAUCGGCCACAAAGUCUCCCAAUCAAUAUACAAUCCAUCCGAAAGCAGAGGAUCCGCCAUUGUAUUCCAACUCGCAUCGACAUCGACAUCGACAUCGACAUCGACAUCAGCAUCAGCAAUGGCAUCAGCAUCGGGAUAUGCAGUUGCUGAAGAAGACGAGAACUCGUCGACAUAUCCAUUAGAAGAAGGAUUUGCGAAUUCGUCAAAGGUUAAGAGGUUGUUGUGAUUGUUGUUGUUGUUCACUCCUCCAAUAGCAGAAGCAGGAGCAGGAGCAGUAAUAUUGAUAUCGACGUGAUGAGGAUGAUGAUGAUGAUGAUGAUGAUGAUGAGAAGAAUUCGGCGUGGGAAUGGUAGUAGUAGAAGUAGAGUAUGCCGCUGCUGUAGCAGGAACUGGAGGAUGAUGAUGAUGAUGAUUUCCCCUCCCACCACCACAACAAAACUCCGCAGUAAAAAUCUGACUCACGUACGGAUUACUUCUCUUCCUCCUCCUCUGUUCUCUUCCAACUUGCUCUCUCCUCGCGACAAUCGCAUCCGACAAGGUCCGGAGAAUUUCCAAAUAAUGUCGAGCUUGCGGCGAGACAGAUGCUAAACGUUCGAGAACUGCAAUUGCAUUAUGGAAAGCUUCGUCGACGUCCGGGAGGAGGAGAGAAGAAGAAGAAGAAGAUUCUUCACUGUGCGCAAACAUGGAGAAGCCGAGGAGGAGGCCGGCGGCGAACAUCCAGGCUUUGAGGAGACACAUGUUGUUGGAGAGAAUGGUGGAGUUGAUGGACAUGUAGCCGGUUUUGGACAUGAAAAUUGCGCUGUCGAGGCAGGCUUGGGCGAGGUCGGAGACGGCCGAGUGUGGUUGUUGUUGUUGUUGCUGCUCUGCUGUUGCUGCUGUUAUUGUUGAUUCGAGGCUGGGUUUUCUCCGUUUACGAAUUUGGGAGAUGAGGUGGGAGAUGAGAAAAGGUCGGGUGACGAGGAUGAUGGUGAAGUAGUAUGAACAGGCGACGUGUGUAGCACCGAUAAAGAGCUCACGAUCCGCCGGUCCGAGGGUAUCUUUGAGGCUGGCAAAGUGUCGGAGUUCGGUGGGAACAGAAUCAUUCCAUUUUCGUAGUCGUUGCAAGAAUGCAUCUGCUGUUUGGGCGUCCAUACUCUGUCCACUGCCCAGCUGUUGCUCUAAUUCGAUGAUGUGUGAGCAUAUCCCAAACACGGCUCUGGAUGCAAGCCAUCGGGGUCGAUCAGCUUUUCCCACUUCUCCGUCACCAUCAUAAGCAGUAUCAUCGUCAGGCCGCAUGGCCGGCAAUCCGCCAGGCCUGCCGAGGAUCGAAGAAACGAUAGUAUCCAGCACCAGCAAGCUUUUCCACGUCCUCCAUCGGGCCAGGCUCUCCGCGUCCGAAAGGUCCUUGUAUUGGUCCUGUCGGUGCAAGCCGAGCGCGCAUGCGGCUUUGGAUGCGAUUCCCAGGUACAUGAAGGCAGCGUUACGAUGACAGGCACCGAGCAUGUAAAAAGCCAUGAGCAGGAACACUCUCACCAUGUCCAGGCUAGGGUCGCACAGAAAGCCUUCGAAAGCAUACUUCUGGGCGCAACUAAACGAGCGGGCAGCAUUGUGCACGUCAAACAUGUUGUGGCCCCGACAUUGAUGGCCAAUGGCGAGCAUCAUGUUCAGUGCAGCCUGCUCGGCUCGUGCUCUCUUGUCGACUUCCUCAAUCACAUUGCUGGGACUCAGAGCCGUAUGACGAUCGAGAAAACCACGCACUUCGGCUACAGUGAAGAGAUCGAGAAUGCCGCUCGAGGUUUCGCGGUAGAGUUGCACGAGAGCGUGCUUGUCGCUUAGCGAAAGAUCCGUCAUGACCGGACUCUCGUCUCGCGGGAUUUCC